AUGAUGGGCUCCCAAAUGAUCACCCAGCAGCUUCACGUAUUGGCUCAGCAGAAACGUGCGCUCAUCCUACAGCAGCAACAUCUACAGUCCUACUACAAGAGACACCAAGAACAUAUCAAGUCAAAGCUUCAACAGCAGCAACAGUCAGACGGUUUACAUCUGCUUGAGUGCCAGAGGAUCUGGAUGGAGCGGAGCAGUGGUCACUCAGAUGUGAAGAGCAUGAAGUCCGCCAGCACAGACAUGCCCCCCACCGCCCUCACCACUCCCUCUGCGGCGGCUUUAAAGAAUACUCAGCGGCACCUGGACAGUGAGCACGUACUGGACGAUAAGAGCACUGCCCAGUGUCGAGUCCAGAUGCAGGUCGUGGAACAGCUGGCUCUCCAGCUGUCUGUGGAGCAGGAGCGCCUGCAGGCCAUGAUGGGCCACCUCCACACGCACCCCUCUGAGCCCCACAGCAUCUCCUCAUCAGUCAGCGUGGACUCAGACGCGGAGACGGCAGCAGUGGAGCGGUCAGUGAGCCCACCCAGGGAAGCUCCACCACACGGCGAGUCCUCGCCCCGCAGCUCUCCAUCACCCCACAGUCCAGCGGGAGACUCCAGCCUGCGCGCCACACGGCACCACCACUACAUCCCACCACACAUGCCCCUGUGUUCAGGUGACACCGCCACUACAUCCCACCACACAUGCCCCUGUGUUCAGGUGACACCACUACACUACAUCCCACCACACAUGCCCCUGUGUUCAGACCUGUCUCCAGAUUACGAGUUCUACAGGAAUGCAGACGUGCGUCCUCCCUUCACGUACGCAGCGCUCAUAAGACAGGCUAUAAUUGAGGCAUCUAACAUGCGAUUAACGCUGAAUGAAAUUUAUCACUGGUUCACACGGACGUUUGCCUUUUUCAGACGCAAUGCAGCCACGUGGAAGAAUGCAGUUCGGCACAACCUGAGCCUGCACAAGUGUUUUGUGCGAGUGGAGAAUGUGAAGGGGGCCGUGUGGACAGUGGAUGAGAUGGAGUACCAGAGACGCAAAGCACAGAAGAUAACCAGCCUGGGAAACAGAGGUGCUCUACACUCAAAAGGACAGAGACCAGCAGCUGACCGUACCUCUCUGCUGACUAAGAACUCAAGCCCACUGAACAAGCCCUCGCCUGGUUUGAAGAAUCAAAACUCCAAGUGUGUGGAUGGCACCAGACCAUCCAAGUGGUGUAGGACCCAGGAGCACAGCGGCUUCCUCUCUGACAUCAGGCAGCUAACUGGCCAUGUCAAAAAGGAGGAUCCAGCCCAGGAGGACUGGUGUUGUCCAGAGUCCAGGACCACUGACCAGUCCAGACCAACACCACUGAGUGGCUCUGACUGAUCACAUUGGUUUUGGCCAGAUUUGGGAGUGAUUUCUUCUGACUCCAUCUGCUUGGACUGUGCUGCACUGUCACUGUGUUUUCUCACUCACCAAACUGUAGCUUGAUGACGUAAUACUUGUACAUUUGUUAGACAUACAUUAUGAACUAUUUUGAACUGUUUUCUGAUUGCGAAUAUUGUUUAAAAACUUGCCAUUUUGUCUGCCUGGAAUAUCCUGAUGAUGAAGCGAACAACUCUUGUGUGUUUGAAAGUGCUAGACAUGCUGUACUUCAGAAACGUCUCUGAAUGAUGAUAAUGAUUAAUAUUGAGUGGCCUAAUAUUAGCUCUGUCUGACCAAACAUUUAUUGACUGCCACAACUAGACCAUUUUUUGUUGUUGUUGUUGUGCAUGACUAGACAUGUGCCAAGUCAAAUGCACACAAUCAUUUAUUUUAUUAUUUUAUUAUUGGCAAACUGACACAGUAAAGUGCUACAGUUUCACUGUCAGCAAAAUUGACGAUUUCCCUGUUAAACCAAGUAGUUUAGUGGUUUCAUACUAACAAUAACAUUUUUGUCCAGUUGGAUUGGGUGUGGUCUCCUUCCUCUAUGUGUAGCUAUACCUGGGUGCUAAUGACUUAUUAAUGAAUGUCCUGAACAACAUUCCUUUAUUAACUUUGUUAGCCACUAUGUGACACGUCCGUGAAUCAUUUUACAGCUUGACUCAGUAAUGUUGCUUUGGAUAAAAACAUCUGCUAAUUGCCAGUCAACUUCAACUUUAAUAUGAAGCACUUACU